GUGUUUUUCUCUUUUUCCUUGUGUGUGACGCACUUUGAGCUGAACUUUAUGUAUAAAACAUGCUGUUUAAAUAAAAUUUACUACUUCUUCUAUUAUUGUUUUUUUUUUCUUUUCAUUAUAUUAAACGCUGUUUACAUAACUCCUGCUACCAAUCACACCAUGUCACUUUAUGCCAUCACUUAAAUAAAUUCCCAGUCUGGGAUCAUUAAAGUAAAUCUAUUCUAUUCUAUUCUUACUUUAACUUGCCAUUUCGGCACAGAACAUCUUAAAUUGUCCAGUAAAUCCAUUUUACUCUUCAUAUAAUAACUACAGUUCUUUUUAUGUACAUUUAUCUUUAUAUAUCCUAUGUCAAUUUUCACUUGUUUUUACCUACUUGCAACACUUAGAUUUCACCCUGUGGAGACCAAUAGAUAGUUAUCUUGUGUUAUCCAACUAGCUAACUUUUGAGCAUAUAACUUAAAUGAUCUUUUGAUUGUUUAAUGAUGAAAUAUGUGCAACAGAAAAAUUCCAGCAAAAGACUCUAAUAGCUGACCCUAACUUUAAACAGGUCUGAUGGGAGACUGAGGCUAGCAGCUAAUGCUAACAGCUAGCAUCCAUUCCCAGUUGGCGCGUGGAGCCCGUUGCCAGGCAACCAGCUGAACGUCGUCUCCGUGUGUUUGUUGAUGUUGUUCAACGAGACGACGGAUCGACAGGAAGAGCUCCACGAACUGCUGGUACCACCAACAUGAGGUCCACCAGGUUCGGUAGAAGCGUGUCGGCCUGUGAGCUGAGCUGUAACCCGGGAUGUCUCAACAUGUGCGGCAUGUGUCCAUCUUGUGUCUUCGCCCCCAGACCGCCGGGCUCCAUCCAGUGCGUGUGGAAAGUGUCGGACGGGUUCAGGAGGAGGUUCGUGUUGGAGCUUAUUUCGCGGUGCAGGAACACCAGACUGCUCCAAAGAAUCCAGAGUGUACUGGGUGUCACAUCGUGGAGUUUAUUCUCGUACUCCAGGUCCAGGAGCCCGACCUGUCCCCCGGGUCACCGCUGCCACAGUGCGGACACAGAGCGGUGUGGUGGGAGCCCGGCCGGCGUGGACGCGAAGGAGAUCUGGGACUGGUUCGGCAGCAGCCCCGACUGGAUCACAUCACGAUAUCUCUGCCGGGUUUUGUCUCUUUGUGACCCAGAACUACUGCGCAUGGUCACCAAUUUAACCAGCGUGCUUCUGGUCAGACAGAACCGAGGAAGUCUGCAGUUUAAUGAUGAUAAUCUGUUGUGUUUUUCAGUUAGUGUUCGCGGUGCCAGUCACCGUGACCAGGACAGUGAUGAGGACACAGACGACCCGGCUCUGAUGGUGGUGCCUGGAUCCUCUAAGUCCACGUCUGGAGUCAGCCGAUACCGAGACUUCAUCGGCUGCCUGCCUGUUGAUCUGUCAAAGAGGAUAUUAGGUCUGUUAGAUGAGCACACCUUGAGACGCUGCCAGAAGGUUUCACAGUCCUGGCAGCACCUCGCUAAAGAAACCCUGGAGGAAAUCAAGUUCAGAGGAAACUUUCAGCAUCAAGUUGAGGCGAUGAUGAAGAGGUGCAGAGGUAUUAAUAUAGUCAGUCCCACGUACGCCAGCAUUGUUGAAGUCCCUGUACCGAUCAAGGAUGAUGGGAAACUGGAUGUUAUUCCCAUAGCCAAAAAGGUUGAUUUGUUUGAAGCUGCUUAUGCAGAAGUCAAAACCAAGACAGUGCAGAUGGAGGAGCGAAAUGUUUACUGUGGUGCAUAUUUUACCACAGUGCUGCUGAACAAGGAAGACGCUCAUCGGGUGAUGGACUACAGAGGAGGGUCGUUGAUGGCCACGGGCUCCAAAGACCGCGUGGCGCAACUUCUUUACGUGGCGUCCGAGACAACAGUGGUAUCAGUGAUGAAGGGCCAUGUUGGCAGGAUUCGGGCGGUGCUGCUCUGUCAGGACAGAGACCUGCUGGUAACUGCCAGCUGCGAUGCCAGUAUCAGGUGUUGGAAUCUGAAGACAGACAGGUGUGUGAUGGCGCUGUAUGGUCACACUGGCACUGUGAACUGCCUGGAUGUCCACGCAGACAGACUCGUCUCAGGAGCUAAAGACUGUCAGGUUAAAGUGUGGAGUCUACACACAGGGAAGCAUUUUGAGGGUUGUAACUUCAAGCAUCCCAGUUCUGUCCAGUGUGUGAAGAUCAGCUCAGCAGCAGUCUACAGCAGCUGCAACCGCGGCCUCGUCAAAGUGUGGGACAUGGAGACCGCGUCGCUGCUCAGGGUGAUCGACGCCCACAGGAGGUCAGUGAAGUGCCUGGCUGUAGAUGAGUGGCACUUCUUAUCCGGGGACUGUAACGGUCAGGUCAUGGCCUGGAGCACCAACAGUGGCGCUCAGCAGUGUCUGAUGACCUUCAACCACCCGAAGGAGGUCAAAUCUCUGACUCUCGUCUACCUCCGUGUGGUUACUGGCUGUGUGGACGGAAAGAUCCGCGUAUUUAAUUUCCUCACCGGAGACUGUCUGAGAGAAAUCACAGCAGAGGCUGAAACAGGACAAAUACUGUCCCUGCACUUCCACGACAACAGUAUACUAGUGAACACGACGUCCAGUGUGAAGCGCUUCCAGUUUGCCAAAGUGUUCUGGGAUUACACAGCAGAGGGAGGCUGUGCCGAUGUGUCUGAUAAACCUGCAGCUCCUCUCAGAAAGCUUCCUCUCGCUUCUGUCGGGGCUGAUCACAAUAAACCAGAGAGCGCUGCGCUGCCUCGCCACACUCGCUUCGACGCUUUCGCUCCCACGAAAAGUCGAGCGCAAGCCAGAGAGCGCUGCGUUAGAGAGUUGGUGGUGCUGAGCGAGAAGGCAGCGUGUGAGCGGAUGAAGAAGAGGGGCCUCCAUCAUCCUCUGACACGCGACUCCAUCGCCCUCAAGGUCAACGCCAUCCAGAGGGCGCAGCGCACGGACGAAGUCAGCAUCAACAUGGAGCACAACGCCAGGCUGCGAGAUUCCUGGGGUCCUCACACGCCUCAGGAGCGUCUGAUGCAGAUAAGUCCACUGUGGCACACUCAUGAUGGGCAGCACAGGCGGGUCCAGACAUGUGCUCCUAUUUUAAAAAGAUGCAUCAGUCAGAAUGUGACGAUGCAAGACAGAGCACAGCCUCACAGGGCGGUGAACAGAGUGGGUGGAUUCACAACCACAGAGAGGUGUCAUUUCACAACACCUAACCCAGAGUGAUCCAUGGAAACUGGUACCAGCUCUCCCAGGAUCAGCCAGGAUCAGGCUGCUCACAGUGACCCAGCUGAGGGAGCUCAUUCAGAGCCGCGAGAAAAACUGUCCAGACGGGAUCAGAAACAGGAACAAACUGUGUUGAGGAAGCCACAUGUGCAAUAAUAGAAGCCAAUUUAUUAUUUUUCUAUCAUCUCCACAACUGCACAAUGGCUGAUCGUUGUCAAAGGCAACAUGUUUUUUAAAUGUGAUGUUCCAGUAAAACUCCACUAGGGGUCAGUGUUGCAUCACCAGACUGCAGCUGGAACAGGACGCAGGGUGACUGAAGAGGAGCUCUGCAGUUGGAUGUAUUUAAGUAGAAUCUAUCUUCAGUUUCCACUUUUAUAUUCAGUUUCAGUUAUUUAUAGGAGGAAGAAGCCUCAGAGUUAAUUAAUGUUUGUUAUUCAGUGUCUUUGACUGAUUCUUGGUAGUUUGCUUCUUUAGUUUCAUUGCAGCCAAACGUGAACUUUUGAAAGCUUUCAGAUCUGACUAUUUUCUUACCACAGCAAUCAUUCUUUCAACCGUGCUGGCCUGAGGCUGAUAAUCACUGCCCACAGAUAGAUGCUGGCCAGGGUGGUUGAUAAAGUUUAUUUUUGAUCCUGCCUCCAUCUUUGUGUGUUCCAAAUCUGAAGGAUCAUUGCAAAAAAUUAGUGUUUACAAGAAUGUCAGCAAUGUUUUUCCCCUCUUAUAUCGACUUUGGCCCUGAAACUCCUGUACCCGCCGCCGUGCUCUGGUUAUUAUAAUCAGUGCCUUUCACUUCAUACCUGCUGAGUGUUUCCAACAUUCUCAUCUACUGAUUUCCCCCCCAGUUAAUGAGUCAUUGUGAAUAACGGUCCUUCAGCAAUCAGGCCACAACAAAUCUUUGUGGAUUCAAACUACUUCAAACAAGACGGGUGGAGUGAAGUCAUCAGAGUUCUGGGGAGUUCGUCCCAUCCAGAGGGACCUUUCACCCGCUGCCACCUGCCCUCCAGCCCCGCUGCCUGGAGGGCAUCAUUAGGGCUGCGGAGGUUGGAGAUCAGGGAGAAGGUCCUCUGCUUUGACGGCAGCAGCACAACAGCUGGGCGCCCCGCGAAUAACAAAGGUUUUCAUGAGGAGAACUGACUGGGCAAGACGUCCCACUUCGGAGAACCUCUUCUUUCAGGAGCGCUCUGCCGCUAAUUAAUUUGAUCUGCAGAAAAACUGGGGAUAAUAGUGUCUCCCCCUUUUCUCUCCCGUGGCAGUGUGACGUAAGGACACAAUGCAGUCCCCCCUCCUCCUCCUCCUCGGCUUAGCUUCACCAUGCAGCACAGCUCCCCCUUUGUUUCGUCAGGUAUGGAGCCUCUUGUCCAGGACCGGCAGAGCUGCAGGGGGGAUAAUGAGCGUAAAAUCAAAGCAAAGUUAGAAAAGGGAAAGUCUUCAUGGAGGAAUGCUCUUAGACCUUCUGCUCCCUUGAGCGGGCCCGGGGGUUGGCCGGGGAGAGGAGGGCACAGGUUUAUUUAUGCAUGAGGAGAAGCUUGAAAGAAAUGACAGUUAACCCUCUCGCAGUCAGAGAAGGUUAGAAAAGGUCAGAGGCUCUGCGACAAAAGGCGCUUCAGUGCGACCGAGCCGACCUCUGCUCCACAUCGAUCUCCAUCUCCAAAGGCUGAUAUUUGCAUCAUAGUCCGUUUGUCAAAUUAAUUUUUCAAUUUUUGUCAUGCCGUGUCAGCAGCAGGUCUGAACCCUCAACUCGAUUAUUUUUUUUUUUCUCCCGACUGGAAGCCUCUCUCCAGACCAGGUCGGUCCAAAGCCGGUCAUGGUAUAGAUGUGAUUAACCAAAUCGCGGGCUGCAUUAUUUUUGUUGUAUUUGCAUGUCACUCAGACGGGUGGCUGACUCGCCCCGGAGCUGUUCAGAUAUCACACCGUUCACAGGUCUAACGAGAUGGGCAUCAGAUGGAAGAGCUCAAUGAAUAUGCAAAUCACGCCGUCCUCAUGGGGAACCGACUCUCGAUAAGAGCGGAGACUAAAUCUGCCCAUUGUGGAAAAACUCAGCCUGUAUUCAUAACCUGCUCCUGCACACAGCCGAUGUGCGUACUGGUCCCAUGAACACUUCAUAGUAUUUAUACUGCCACAUGCCAGACUUAGCUGGUUUCUUGUUCUGGAAAGAGGAAGUAAACCACAACCCACUUGUCAGCGCUUUGCAUUCUGGGACACAGCAGGCGAGGUCGACUGGUCCGAUGCAUACUGGAGAUUUUUUUCUAAUUAAGCAGUUGGACAAGCAGGCGUUUUCACCUCACUGCAGAUUUAACUUUUGCCUGAAUACUUCUCACUACAUGCUAUACUUUGGCCCGGUUUAGUAGGCGGUUCUGAGCGCAGCCUGACUCCGGUCUUUGUUCUGAAAGGCAGCCAUUUACUGUUCUGUGUCCUGGGAACAGUUGGAGAGCUUGAAGCUUAAACAAGGAUCAUAAUGAACAACUUCAAGGCCCUGACAGCGCAGUGACAUCAACACAUGGGAGCGACGACAAGCGCCUUGAUCUCAGGACAGCUCCAAACGCCAGGCCACACGGCCGGCACUGUUCCCCUGUUAGGAUUCUGCCGAGCCAAGGCUGGAAACAAGAUCCAUAUGCCUUUCUGACCUCAUUUGCAGAUAGAGAUCAUAAGCGAAAGGGGAUACGGGCAGAACGAAGGGGAGGCAAUUAACAGGAACACCAUUACUGAGAUAUGGGACUGAUUAACAUCCACAUCCAGCCAAGCUAAAUAGAUAAGAGGGAAUCUGAUUGCUCAUUGAUUGGAUCUCGCUGGUGGUGCCUCUCCUGUUUUCUAAAGUUGGACCUCGCCGCGCUCUCAAGGGCCCCUGAUUGAGCCAGAGCGAGCGGAGUGAAACCGCUGUGACCACACAUCAGGAAGAUGAUCAAAGAGGCUACUGCUGGCUCCUCGUGCACUGAGACUAAACUCCCCCCAACAGAUGAUUGUGCAAAGUCACACACGGCUCAGUGUUAACACGUGUCAGAGCGCUGCGGAGGCGACACCUGAGUCAGCUGACGUUAACGUAAACGCUUUCACCUCAUCAGAGAAAGAGUCAUUGUUUAAAAUCGGCCUGUAAAAGGUAGCGAGGGACUUUUUUCUUUUUUUUUCCGCCACUCUUGAUUUUGUUUGUGUUUAUUCAAUCAAGUUUAAAGUUUUUCUUUUUCAUUACAGGAUCGACUGAUUGUACCGUGAGACCAUCUGUUUUUCUAACAGCGUGACAUCUGGAGUGUAUUUUCGUAAUUGCAAAGAGAUUAUUUUCUAUCUGCGAGACCUGUUCCGCACAAAAGUCCUUAACAAAAACAAACAAUAACAGAAUCAAACACCACCGGAGGCUACGGCGGAUGUAUUACUUCUAAACGUCGGCUGUUUCUGUGCCAGUUGACUGACAGUGCUGAACUUUAGCACUUUGUCCUCUGGGGGGCCCACCAGACCUGCUCAUGGGCUCGGUCAGUGACAGGUCCUCAAUGCUUCUGCACUUCAACUCUCAGCUCAUCUAUGUGCCUUUGUCUUUAUUAAGAUAUUUACAGUUUAACCUCACAAUAAUUCAGAGGUAAUUGUGAAAUUAGUGUAAAUCCCAUGUAAAAUACCAAUUUUUUUUCUAUUUACUGCUGUAAUUAAACUCUCAUAGAAGUAAUAAGAGCAGAAUUUUAAUGCUGUCUGAACCUGCUUUAAUAACAAAUGGUGGUAAGUAACUGUACUGUACUUAACUAUAAUUUUGAAGUAUUUGUAAUUCCAUUUUCUGUUUCUUUUGUACUUUUUACUUCAGUUGUUUGGUAACUUUAUUAAUUAAUUUCAGCAAAGCAAUAAAUUAACUACACUAAUGGCACCGAGUACAGCGCAUACCUCUGUCAAGGCCCAACUGUCCCCUUUAAUUCCAUCAAGCCUAAUUGAAUAUUAAAUCAAACAUAUUUAAAUCUGCUACAUCUCAAUUUAAUUUGGAUUUGGAUUCAAUUUGUGGUCACUCGAAGAUAUGAGCUACCAAAAUACACCAUAUCCAUAUAUUACUCCAUGAGAAAUUAAUGAAAAUAUCAAAAAAAAA